AUGGAAACAUUGAAAGAAGCAAAAACUCUUCUUGGAUGUUUCAUAAUGAAAUUUGAUUUCAACGAGUACGUGUCUAAGAUCUUCCCAUUGACUAGAAGUUUAGAUAUGCGGAGAAUUUGCACGCAUGACGAGAUUAGCUCAUUUGUGACCACACGAAAUUUAGCAGAAGCAGACAAAAAAGAGAAACUCUUCUUUUAUCGUCCAUUAUAA